CGGACCUGUCGUUGCUGCGAGCGACUUUUGAUGAAGGCUAGAGUCAUCAUAAAAUGCAGUCAUGGAUGCCUUCAGCUGCCUUCAAUUGGAAAUCAUUGUUCGGACUGACGUUCUGAAGAGCAUGCUUCCGUAUAACGCUGAAGCCGAUUUUGUACAAGCUGUGCAUGCCUCAGCGGCAGACAUCUGCCCUAAACAAGUCUCUCCGAGGAGCGGAGAAGUAUUAAUGGUUUCUCUGUGCAUUUUAGAUACUGACGCAUCCAUGACAAUUAGAAAUUCGCAUACACGAGCCUGAGGCCUAGAAGUCCUGUUAACGGCUGGCCUGACCUCUACAUCACACCGAAGACCUGCGAACCGGUACAACGUCAGAUAUCAAUGUUAAGCUUCAUGGAGCUAAAGCCGUUUGCACUCGCGAUGUGCGAAUCGAAUGUUCGCUGUCCGGAUGUUCCUA